CCUAAGUGGUCCCUCCAGGCCCCACCUUCCUGUUUCUUCCUGCUCGGCCUCUGACAGCGAGCUCUCCUGGGUCCCUCCUCUAGCCACUGCCUGUCAUUCCUCGCUCCAGAGGACUCUCAGCCUCAUGGCUCUGGCGAAGGUGCCUGGGACCUGCCUGCUCACCGUUCGAAUCCUGCAGGCCCGUGGCCUGCCCUCCAAGGACCUAGUGACCCCCUCUGACUACUACGUGACUCUCUGGCUGCCCACGGCCUGUGGCCACAGGCUGCAGACACGCACAGUUCAGAACAACAGAAACCCCAUCUGGAAUCAGAGCUUCCGCUUCCGAAUUCAUAGCCAGCUCAAGAAUGUCCUGCAGCUGCAAGUCUUCGACCAGGACCUUCUGACCAAUGAUGACCCUGUGCUGUCGGUGCUGUUCGACGUGGGGACUUUGCGGGCUGGGGAACUUCGCCGAGAAAUCUUCCCUCGGAACCCUCAGGGUGAGCAGCAGCUGGAAGUUGAAUUUCGGCUGCAGAGCUUGAGAGAUGGUGCUGAGCAGCUCGUUGGUAAUGGAAUCCUGGUGGCCCGGGAGCUCUCCUGCUUGCACGUCCGACUGGAGGAGACCGGGAACCAGAAGGGGUCAGAAGGCAGAGUUCAGCUUGAGGUUCCCGGGUCCUAUGAGGGUCCACAGGAGGCCUCCGUGGGCACCGCCUCUUCCCCCUGCUUUCACUGCCCAGCUUCUUGGGAGCAGGAGCUGAGUGUUCAUCUGCAGGAUGCCCCCCAGGAGCAGCUGAAGGUGCCCCUGAGGGCCCUGCCCUCUGGCCAGGCAGUGAGACUCGUCUUCCCUACGUCCCAGGAGCCUCUGAUGAGGGUGGAACUGAGAAAAGAAGAAGGACCAAAGGAGCUGGCCGUGCGGCUGGGCUGCGGGCCCUGUGCAGAGGAGUGCGCCUUCCUGAGCAGGAGGAAGCCGGUGGUGGCCAAGGCCCUGAAGCAGGCCCUGCAGCUCGAUGGAGACCUGCAGGAGGAUGAGAUCCCAGUGGUAGCUAUCGCGGCCACCGGCGGUGGGAUCCGAGCAAUGACUUCCCUCUAUGGGCAGCUGGCCGCCCUGAAGGAGCUGGGCCUCUUGGAUUGCGUUUCCUAUAUCACAGGCGCCUCAGGAUCCACCUGGGCUUUGGCCAACCUCUAUGAGGACCCAGAGUGGUCUCAGAAGGACCUGGCAGGCCCCACUGAGCUGCUGAAGACCCAGGUGACAAAGAGCAAGCUGGGUGUGCUGGCCCCCAGCCAGCUGCAGCGGUACCGGCAGGAGCUGGCCGAGCGUGCCCAGCUGGGCCACCCCACCUGCUUCACCAACCUGUGGGCCCUCAUCAAUGAGGCGCUGCUGCACAAUGAGGCCCAUGACCACAAACUCUCAGACCAGCGGGAGGCUCUGAGUCGAGGUCAGAAUCCUCUGCCCAUCUACUGUGCCCUCAACACCAAGGAGAAGAACCUGACUACCUUCGAAUUUGGAGAGUGGUGCGAAUUCUCCCCCUACGAGGUCGGCUUUCCCAAGUACGGCGCCUACAUCCCCUCCGAGCUCUUCGGCUCUGAGUUCUUCAUGGGGCGCCUGAUGAAGCGGCUGCCUGAGUCCCGCAUCUGCUUCCUGGAAGGUAUCUGGAGCAAUCUGUAUGCAGCCAACCUCCAGGACAGCUUAUACUGGGCCUCCGAGCCCAGCCAGUUCUGGGACCGCUGGGCACGGGAUCAGGCCGGCCUGGAUAAGGAGCAGAGCCCACUUCUGAGGACAGAAGAGCCUCCCUCGGUGGCCGGCAGGAUAGCCGAGUUCUUCACCAACCUUCUGACGUGGCGGCCACUCACCCAUGCCGCCCACAACUUCCUGCACGGCCUCCAUUUCCACAAGGACUACUUCCAGCACCCGCACUUCUCCACCUGGAAAGCCACCAAACUGGACGGGCUCCCCAACAAGCUGACACCCACAGAGCCCCACCUUUGCCUGCUGGAUGUUGGCUACCUUCUCAACACCAGCUGCCCGCCCCUCCUGCAGCCCACACGGGAUGUGGACCUCAUCCUGUCGCUGGAUUAUAACCUCCACGGAGCCUUUCAGCAACUGCAGCUCCUGGGCCGGUUCUGCCAAGAGCAGAAGAUCCCGUUCCCGCCCAUCUCUCCCAGCCCGGAGGAGCAGCGCCAGCCUCCGGAGUGCCGCCUGUUCUCGGACCCCGACUGUCCUGAAGCCCCUGCUGUGCUGCACUUCCCCCUGGUCAGCGACUCCUUCCAGGAGCACUCGGCCCCUGGCGUCCCCCGGGCAGCUGAGGAGAAGGAGGCUGGGGCGGUGAACCUGUCUUCGUCCGACUCCCCCUACCACUACUCGAAGGUGACCUACAGCCAGGAGGAUGCUGACAAGCUGCUCCGCCUGACGCAUUACAACAUCUGCAACAACCGGGAGCAGCUGCUGGAGGCCUUGCGAGGGGCUAUGCGGCGGCGGAGGCAGCGCAAGCCCCAGUAACAGCGGCACCUGGCCCGGGGUGCCCGCCCGGCCUGCCGCCUCUGACUUUCCCAGGCUCAAUCCUGGCCUGUCCAGCUGCUCUGGUUGAGUUAGAACAGAGACCGUCAUCACUGGGCAUUCCAAGAACUCUGGGGGUGCAGAUGGCCCUGCCGGGGGCUCCCAGCCCUCUUAGGGGCCCCCUACAGUGUACCUAGCGUCACUCAGAUGUGGUACUGAUGUGGCACUGAAGCCACCAGCAAGCCUGCCAUGGACACCUCUGGGUAGAUCGAGCCUUCUAACCAGGGGCUGCAGCCUGGGCCCCGUGGGAUGGGCCGGAGACGCUUCGAGGCAGGAGAAGAGUCAGCCAGGGUCAGAGGUGGGGACACCUGCAGUAGCACUGCUCAUGUCGGUGUCUGCGCUCACUCCCUUGCUGCCUCGAGUAGUUGUACAGAGGGACAUCGAGCGCUGUAUGCAUUACAGAGGCCCGUGCCAACGUGAGGCAUUAUCUGAGAUCUGUCAUUGCUGUUACGAAGGGACAUGUUA